GAAGUACGUCAAGCAAAACCGCUGAUUUACCCCCCAACCACCGCCAACUCAAGCCAGGUGGGAAUGGCGGAGACGGAACAGUUGAAGUUGAGGCUCCAAGCCAUCACGGAGAAGAGAAAAAUCCAGGAAGAGAUCGAGAGGAAGAAGCAGGAGCUGGAGGAGGAGAAACUGAAACUGCAGCGAUUAAAGCGGUGCUCCCUGAGGGAACAAUGGCUGAUGGAAGGGUCUGUGGGCUCCUCGGGGUCAGACCACAGCCCGACCAGGCACCCGGAGAGCGAAGGGUUAACACAGCUCCAACAGCUCGAGGAGACCAUUAACAGGUUACAGAGAGAAAUCUCGCAGCUGGAGGGCCAGAUGUUCGCAGGGACGGACGCUGAGUCUAAACAGACGAGAGACACAGACACUCAGGUGAAAGAAGAGAGAAAGAAACCGCCAGUCCCCAGGAAGCCGGAGAAUUUCCGGUCCCUGAUAUUCCCGGGAAAACCGAAGCCCGGGACCUCAGCGACAGAUCAGGAGAAUCCCAGAGCCGGGUCGCUGGCGGAGGAGAGAGCCGGGGAUUCCCAGGACACGCAGACCACGGAGGGAGACGUUGUCCCGGACCCGGAAACUGGUCCCGAAAAGACCGCGGCUGAUCCGCUUCCGGCCGAGCCUGCGGGAGACGGGAGUCCAGGAAACGGGAGGGAGGGCGGGGGCGGGAGAGAGCGGGAGGGCCAGGGCGAGAGCCGGGAGAGGGGGGGCACGGAGCGGCUCGGAGCCACGGUGGCGCCGAUUGACAAGUGCCACCGGGAGAGCGAAUCCGACCGGGAAUCACCGGGAGACGCUGACGUACUCACCGUUUCCGGUAAAACGGAGGAGGAGGGAAGAGCGGACUCGAUGGCUGCUCCACCUGGAGACAGCGACGUUCCUGCUUCGGAAGCCAGGAUUGGCGACGUUCCCAUCAGGAAUGCCGAGCCAGAGCCCGGAGCCCAGGAGCGCGGGACGGAGGAGAGACUCCCAGGCGGACCUGACUCCACACCGGACACGGGAGAACACGCCAGGGACACGGGAGAACACGCCAGGGACACGGGAGAACACGCCAGGGACACGGGAGAACACACCACGGACACGGGAGAACACGCCAGGGACACGGGAGAACACGCCAAGGACACAGGAGAACACGCCAGGGACACAGGAGAACACGCCAGGGACACAGAACACACUGACACGGGAGAACACGCCAGGUACACGGGAGAACACACCAGGGACACGGGAGAACACACCAGGGACACGGGAGAACGCGCCAGGGAGCUGGGGGAACAUGCCAGGGAGCCAGGGGAACAUGCCAGGGAGCCAGGGGAACACGCCAGGGAGCCGGGGGAACAUGGCAGGGAGCCAGGAGAACACGGCAGGGACAAGGGAGAACAUGGCAGGGAGCCGGGGGAACACGCCAGGGACACGAGAGAACACGCCAGGGGUGUAUGUGCUGCAGCGAUGGUCACGUGUGAAGACAGUGGCGGGAUCCCCAGCCCAGCCCCCCGCGGCCCCCCGGCUCACCCUGAGCCGGACACAGAGAUUCCCGGGAAGCCCGAGACAGCAGCCGAGCCAGGAAAGGGGGCGACCGCGCCCCAGGGCGGAGGGAAGAGCGAAGACCUCGGGAACAUCGCGGUGGUGGCGGCGCGGGGAGAGCGAGCCCCGGUCACGGAGCCUGGAACGCCGAGCCGGGCGGAGGAGAACGAGAGCGGCUCGGAGAGACAUCCCCUGCUCCAGGGGGAGAAGGGGGGAGCGGGAGAGAGUCCGGCUUCGCUGUUGACGGACGGAAAAGCCGUGGUGGCGACGACGAAAUUCCCGGGGAGAAGGCGGGAGAAACCGGGAGAGACGGGAUAG